AACCAACUUCCGGCACCGGCGAUGGGGCGGGGAUGUGGCAGGCGCACGCGCGGGGCGCCUGAUAGUGGGGAGGCGUGCGAACCGCCCAGCUGGAGACCUCCUGGAGCGACAUCAUCCUGGAAAAAAACCUGCAGGACCUCAAAACUCAGCCUGGGGCAUCUUUACUUACUGCGUGCUUUCGACGCAUUUCCGAGGAGACCUGCCUGCAUGAGCGGGACCCAUGGGUCCCCUCCCCGAGUCCGCCUGACCGCCGGGGACCGCUCAUAAUCAGGCCUAGCCAUUCACCUUUCCCUUCAGAAUCGUCCUGGCCCUGGGGCAGGCCUUAACACAUCUGAGCGGGGCUGCACCUGACUAGUUGUGGACAGCUUGUGUGCGGUGUAUGUGUCCUGAUCGUGGGCACACCUGUCUGCUCGUGCCCCAGGGUGCAGGCUGCUGUUCUAGCUCUCAGCACUCAGGUUCCCCGGGCUCCAGUUCAGGCACCAGUCCCAGUACAGGCUCCACUCCCACCCCCACCACACCUUGAGCAUGGCAGUGAGGGCAGAAGCGCAGCCCCUACAGGGCCAAUUGGCGAAAAUAAGUAAAGGCAGUAGAUAUGUUGGGAACAAUUCGGUAUGUGGGCAUGCGUGGCCACAGCAUGUGGAUGAAUUCGGUGCAGAUCUCUACUUGCGUGUGUUGGUGGACAUGGGUACCAGUCAGAUCACCUGUGCUCGUGUUUCAGGUGGACAUACAUGACGACUCUGCAUAAGUUUCUGUAUCUCCGCGUGUACCUUUGCUCAUUCUGUGGGACAUCCUCCAGCAGCCCACAUACACCUGGGGAGAGUGCUCAGACUUGGCAGAGCAAGCGAAACUCAGUGGGUAGCCUCUGGACAGGGCAGCCCCCAGCCCACCCUAGCACUUCUCAGCGGGGUCCUGGAACAAACACAUGCCUCCUGCCUGCUGCAGCCUCCUUGGAGCUUCUCUCUCCUCCCCAUUCCCAGCCAACCCCCUUUUGGUGCCACAUCCUGAGCACUGAGUCAGAUUCUGGGGCUACAGAGGGAAGGGGAGAGACCCUGGCUGUCUUCCUGGAGUUCACAUUGUGGUGGGGGUUAAGAGAGGGUCUAGGGGAGCAAGUGCCCAUUUGAGGAGAGAUCUCUGGAUAGGUGUGAAGAAUGCGUAAAUAAAGGAGUGAGUCGGUAAUCUGAGGUAGGAGAAUGAAGGGAAGUGGUUGCAAGGCAUCGGUCUGGCCUUUGACCUGGGCUCCGGUGGACAGAAGAUCCCAGGAGCAGGUAGGAUACUCCCCUCCUACCCCUUCCUUCCCCGCGCGAAAGAUCGCAUCUUUAUUUCCCUGCCUCAGAAGCCCCUUCAGACGUCUGGAUCCCGUAUAGGUGCACAGAAUCACUGUUCCUUGAAGCCAUGCCCAGGUGCGUAAGGUCGUCCCUUACCCUGGCAGACACCCUUUGCAUACGCAGACCUGCGCGCCGCCGACACACCUCGGAGCUCCCGGAGCGCGCCCAGCACUCAGGGCUCAGAGGCAGGUGCCUCGCCGCGCAGACUCGCCGGGCGCGGGGACCGGCUCGGGCGCGGGGCCGGCUGGGGCGGGGCAGCGGCGCGCGUUCCCCGCCGGCCACACGGGCCGCCUUGCGCCCGGCGAGGGGCGUGUGCACGGGCCCGGGAUCCUUGGGCCCCAUGUUCACGGAGCUAAGGACCAAGCUGAGCCCCCCGCGAGGCCGCGCCGGGGCUGUGCGCGCCGGCUUCGGGGAGCGCCGGGAUGUGGACGAAGCCACAACGGGGCAGCCACACCACACCUGGACCUCAAUUUUAGAGUCACCUGGUGUCAUCCGAUUCCAGAACGUUCCACGGCACACUUCAGCUUCUGCCGAACCCUCCUGGAUCACACAGUGUCCACUGAGAGCAUCCCUUGUCACCUGCCUCGGACGCCAGGCACCAGCCUCACGUGGCACGACUCCCGUAGCCAGCGGGCCGCUGGCGGCCGGCCAGUCAAGCUCCUGCAGCAGCCUGGCACAGAGGCCCCCCAGUCCCUCACUGGGUGGCCUGACGAGGCCUGUGGUUCUGUGGAGUCAGCAGGACGUCUGCAAGUGGCUCAAGAAGCACUGUCCCCACAACUACCUCGUCUACGUGGAGGCCUUCUCCCAGCACGCCAUCACAGGCCGGGCGCUGCUGAGGCUGAAUGGGGAGAAACUGCAGCGGAUGGGGCUGGCACAGGAGGCGCAGCGGCAGGAGGUGCUGCAGCAGGUGCUGCGCCUGCAGGUGCGCGAGGAGGGGCGGAGCCUGCAGCUGCUGAGCCAAGCCUCCUUUGGAAACAUGUCCUAGCUGCUGCCUGAGGCUUGAACCCCAGACCCCAGCACUGUGACCGGAGCCUGUGGCAAGGAUGAUGCAUAGCUGGCACACAGCCCCUCUCGGACCCUGCAGGAGGCCCCAGGGGCUGAGCCCAGCCCGAUGGACAGGUGGGACCAGGAUUGCCAUCUCUGGCUGUGCAUUCUGGGCCGUUGAGCAGGUGCGGGCUGCUUGGGUGUGGCCCUUCCUUGCAGGACCUGAGCCCAAAUGCACCCUCUGGUGCUGCUGGCAGCGUGUGGGGCAGCUACUUGGAGCCAGAGCAGGGUCUGGUUAUCCCCCUAGACUCCCGGGGAGUCCGUUUAUUUAUAUUCCCUUCACCCACACUGAUGUCUGUGCCCCUGUUGCCUGCUGAAUCAUGCUUCCUUUGAGCAUCCUGCCCUCCCCCAGGGCAAGAGGUCUGUCUGUCUGCCCAUUUGUCCAGUUCUACACCCUCACCCAGCAUCUAGAGGACAGGCGGAAUAAGCUGUGGAAGCUCCCUCUGGCGAGUGCCCUCCCCUGCCCCACCCAGAUAAUCAGCAGCAGCCGCAUCCCCAGGCACACCAUGCCAAGUGCGUGCCCUCGUGAUUUCUGAAACCCUCGCCACACUCCCAUCUGUUCCCGGGAACUGUGGCAAGAGAGGUCUGGGGGUUGCUCAGGCGCCCAAGACCUAACCCAGUACUAUGAGCACCCUAUGACGGGGAUCAGACCCAGCUGUCUCCUGGCCUUGGGUUUGGGUGUCCCCCCUCCUCCCACGGUUGCGGAAGCUGCCUCUGAGGGACAGUUGUGGGCAUGUAUUCUCACUGCUCCUCUCCCAAGAAAAUCUGAAUUCACACAAGAGACUGUCCUGAGGGCUGUGCCCCCGACCCCUGCCCACCAGAGACCCAGCCAGCACCUGAGCAACCACUCUGUGAGCCAGAGGGCCCAAGGUUUGGGACUGGUGCUGCCCAGCAGAGGGACAGUGAGGGCAGUCCUGGUAGCCCCCACCUUCUUGUUCCUCUGCCUGCCCACUCCCCUAGGGAGCCCUGAAAAUCUCAGGGAUUGAGGCUGAGCCUCCAGCCUCCUCUCUGUGCCCCAAGCCGGCCUCCAGAUGGGAAGUGGCUUGUUGCAGGUCCCGAGUGGGAUUUGGAUAACUGGCCUGGUGCCCCCUAUCCCGCGGGCCCCAGUAGGAAGCCCCCUCGUCCUUUCUGGCCACCCUGAUUGCCACAGCCUGCCUUGUGCCAUCACAACGUUGUCUUCUCCAGGGGGCCCUUCCUAUCACUGCCGCAGUCUUCUCCCUCCUUUGUCUUGCCCCCCACCCUGCCAUGCUUGUCUUGUCUUCUUUGUUUUGCGCUUUUUUAUAUUCUGACAAAGACCAGAAAUAAACCUGGUUCUCAACUGC